AUGAAUUUUUUGCACCAAAUUGUUUGGACCAUUCAUGUUCCUGAUGGAAAUGAAAAUAUUCACAUAGAACACACCAUCCAAUAUGGUCAAUUUUCGUCUGGUAUUCUCAUGAGAAUUCAGGAACACGUAUUUGAACAGCAAGGAUAUUUUGGAAUUAGUAGAUGCCUAUUGUCAAUUCAAACUGAUAAGGAAAUUAGAAUUGUACAAUUUGAUAGUGCAUCAGAUGGUCUUGUAAUUGAUUUUAGAAUUCCAGAUAAGUUUACUACGUUUUAUCAAGCUCCUCCUCGAUCAACAAUCACCUAUGCAACCAUGAUUUCAGAAAUGGAUAGAAGAUCAUUCAACCUUGAUCAAAAUGCUGAUUGUGGGAGUAUUGAAUUUCCUCCAGGUCAAAAUAUUUCCCUUGCCAUUGGUAUUAAGAAUACGUAUUUGUGGGAAGAAUAUUCUUUUGUGUUGCAUCCUGUUCAUGAGUUUUAUAAUUAUUCGUUUGACACAAACAUUACAAAUGUGGCUCAUAGAAACCCUUGCAAACCUUCACAAUAUUGGGAAACCGGCUUUUGUUAUGAGAAUGUUCAAAAGAACCAUACAGUAGAUGACGAAAUUACUUUUAUUACUUCUAGAUUUAUAGAUUUUAACAGAACAACUUUUGGAACUAAGUCAUAUCAUGAUAAUGAUAAUUUAAAUGCGGCAUUGUUUUGUAAUUUACCUUACAUGGGUCCUUCUGAUGACGCACCAGAUCCAGAUGCAUGUGUUUCUGCAGCUCAAAGUGUGAAUUGUGAUGCUGAAAUUUUUGCAACGGCCAUGGGUGAUGCAAACAAUUUACUAACAUUUUUUAUGAACUAUUGGCAACACAAUAUUUUCAUUACCAAAAACAAUACAGAAAUUGAAGUUCUGGCCAUGACUCUAGAUAUCAGUUACGAUACUCCACAAGCUUCAACAAAUCUUAUUGCAAUUAAUAGAUUUAAAACAUUGGGAAAGAUUAUGGACCUAUCAUUGUCAACCAAUGGUCACAACAUGUUCAUUACAAUGAGCAGGAAAGCUUGGGAAAUUGAAUCAGCUAAAAGGUAUAAGCUUGUAUGUGAAACUUUGAAAAACGAUCCGCAAAAUCCUUUUUUAAAAAGUUUCAAAGACGAAUGCUUGUAUGCGCCACCAAAAGAUGUUGAUGAAAAUCAAUUCAUGAUGAUUAGUAGUUUGUGCUUGGAAGGAACUCAUUGUUUUUCCAUGUACCACAACCAUGUCAGACACAUUGUCAACCCUGGUAAUUAUGAUUACAGAUCAAUAUGUGAAUCAUCGUAUGGUAUUGGAAGUUAUUGCUUGUUAGGAAGAAAAUUUUCAUGUCCUCCAGGUUAUGUUUGCCCCUAUACAGGAAUGCCUUAUCCUUACAAAUGCAAUGCAAAAACAGCUAAUGAAACUUGCUAUUCUAAUGGAUUAUCAGGACCUACAGCAUGUCCUAAUGGAACAAUAUGCACAACCAAUUAUAGGAAUCCCAUUCCUUCGCCUCCUGGAUUUUUUGUUAUGCAGCUUAGUCUUGGCAAUUCUUCUAUUGAAACACUGGGAAUGAUUGAGUGCAAAGAGGGAGAUUACUGUAACUUGGCAAGAAGCGUGGUUGUCACAGCACACAAUGAAUCAGCCCUUAAUGAUUUAUUGUGUCCAGAAGGAACUAAUUGCAUCAAUACUACCAUUCUUCAACCAUCUUACUGUAAUUAUACUAGCUCCUUUAUGGAUCACUGUCCUGCUGGAACUGUUAGAAAAGCACCCUGCCCAAGAGGUUAUUAUUGUAAAGACGAAAAAUCCAUUGAAAAAUGUAAACAGUCUCAAUAUUGUCCUGAGGGAUCAUUUGCUUUCAAAUUAUGUCCUGAGGGCAACUAUUGUCCCAACAGUUCUGUGAAAUUGGAGUGCCCUGAAGGCUUAGUGGCGCACCAAUUAUACUUUAAGUGCUUUGUAAAAUUGGGAGAAAUGUACAGAAUGAAGAAUCCAAAUGAGAGAAGUUCAUUAUUCGUCAAGAAACCUACUUCUAAUUCAGCAACAAACAGCAAGAGCUUUUCAAAUCCCAAUUUUCAUGUGGAUAUUGCAUUUAAAGAUUUAGGAUUGAUUUUAAGAGGUUCAGGAAAAACAGUUCUUGAGAGUGUCACUGGUGAAAUUAAACAUGGUCAAUUAACAGGUGUCAUGGUUGAGGAAACCCUUUACUUUUCUGCAAAGACCAGACUUGACUCUAAAAUAUCGUCUUCGGAAAUUAGGUCAAUUGUGAAUGAUGUCAUUCAAGGGUUAAGAUUAGAAGAUGUCAGACAUUCCAUUAUAGGAGAUCAAUCCAAUAGAGGAAUCUCUGGAGGGCAAAGAAAGCGUGUUAAUGUUGGAAUUGAGUUGGUUUCCUCGCCUUUUGUUCUGUUUUUGGACGAACCAACAAGUGGAUUGCAAGUUCUAAGGAAUGUUAGUUUAUUACCACCUCCACCUCAACAACCAGAACAAAUUCCACAGCAUCCUGUAGCUACACCACCCAUUAUAGAAAGCACGACGAUUGAGAGUACAGAAGAAAAUCUUGCUUCAGAAACACAAGAUGAUACUGUAGCACUUCUUGAUCCCAACGCCAAUUCAACAUCAGUAACUAUUAAUCCAGUCACUACUGUAGUGUCGAUUAAUGACGACAUUAUCAACAAUAAUUCAUUACCAACAAUUAAGCAAACGGAAGUCACUCACUUACAUUCAACGCCAGUGGGUAAUUAUGGAAGUGUCAAUCAAGAUGUCAAUUCUAAUGUUACUCCAUACAAGCACAGAUAUCAUUCAUACAUUCCAGACUCCUAUAGAAAUCCUUCACAUUAA